UUGUGAGGCGAUUCCGCGUCUGGCUCCCAGUAUAGAAUGACUGCAUGAAUGUCCCUCACGGUCGUUGUUUAGAAGGUUAUGUUUCGUUAACGUGUGCAUUUAUUUAAAUAAAAGUAAUUAAUAUGUCGUUUGGGACCGGCUUUGGAACUUCAACUCCCGCUGCAGCUCCCAAUUUUGGAUUUGGUACGCCCAGUUCCACUGCAGCUACCCCGGCUAAACCGACUGGGUUUGGGACACCAUCGUUUGGCUUUGGUACACCAGCUACUUCAGCUCCAGCAUUCGGGGCAUUUGGUACUCCAGCAACCCAGACGCCUGCUUUUGGAACCAGCAGUGGAUUCGGAACUUUAGGAGCAGUGGGAUUUGGUACCCCCACCACAAGCUCGAUAACAUUUGGUACUCCAACUUCAACUUUUGGCUUUGGCACAGCUGGAGGAUUUGGAAGUACACCGGCAACGGCAUCAACGGGAUUUAGUGGAUUUGGAACAACUACGACUACAAGUUCAACAGGCUUUAGUGGAUUUGGUGGAUUUCCAACCACAGCAACUUCUUCAGCACCUAGUAUGUUUUCUAGUUUUGCCGCUCCAUCUACAAGCACAACAGGAUUUGGAACAUCAUCCGGUUUUGGAGGAUUUGGCACUAAACCAGCAAUAACCAGUACUACCGGAUUUGGUAGCUCGGGAGGAGGAACUGUACUUCCCGGGUUCACAUCAACUUUAACUCAACCUCACCAGCAGCAACUUCAGCAACUUCAGCAGCAACAGCAGCAACAAUCUGUGAAUACGAUAUCAGAAGCACUUUACAACGCAGUAUUUAACUGCCAAAUAUUCAAUGACGAACGUGAUAAUACUAUCGCAAGAUGGAACUUGAUCCAAGCCUUAUGGGGAACUGGAAAAGCAUACUAUUCGCUAUCAGGACCCCCUAUAGAAUUGACCCAAGAAAAUCCCUUGUGCAGAUUCAAAGCAAUUGGAUAUAGCCGUAUGCCAGAAGCGGAUAAUAAUGAAGGGUUGGUCGUUAUUUGUUUUAACAAGAAGGAAAGUGAAUUGAAAGAAGGAAAACAGGGGCUAAUUACAUCUCUUAACGGUAUAUUGGGAAAUAGAUCAAAUUUAACAAUAACCGUACAUGGUAUAAAGUCUAUUGGUGAGAAAAAGAGCCAGAUAACGGUCUGUACAUCAGAGAAAGGUAUCACGGGACUGCCAAGAAAAAUACCAGCAAAUGAAUUGGUGAGUUAUUUCAUGCAACCUAUGCAAAAACAACAACUUGCCCAGCUUGGCGUGGAAAAUAUUUUUCCACAAGUCAAACUGGACCCUAUUCAGCUGAAAGAGUACUUGGAUAAUCCACCAUCGUGUAUCGAUCCAAGAUUAUGGAAACAAGCGCAACUGGAUAAUCCAAAUCCUGAGAAGUAUAUUCCGGUGCCUAUGAUUGGUUUCAAUCAAGUUCAAUAUAGACUGAAAUGCCAAGAAGAAGAAACUGUUAAACACAGAGCAUUUCUUGACAUGGCAGCUGAAAGAAUACAAGGCUUGCAAAGACAGCAUAUUGCAACGCAGGCACGGUUGAAAGAACAUCGAAGAACGCUCCUUGAACUGCAACAUAGGGUCUUACAGGUACUUGUGCGGCAAGAAAUAACGAGAAAAGUCGGUCUUGCAUUGCAGUCAGAAGAAGAAGUAUUAACAAAUAGGUUUGAAGCGAUGCACUCACAAAUAAGUGCUCCGACACAGUUCAAAGGCAGAAUAAGCGAAAUGUUAUCCCAAUUGAGAAUGAGGCGGCACAUGGAUUCGCAGAACCAUGAACGAUAUACUAUGGAUCCUAUCGCACAAGAUGACAUUAAAACUUAUUUGAGUAUGGAACAGCAAGGAAUGGCUCAACUAAUUGCAACUAUAAAUGCCGAUCUGGAGUGCCUGAAAAUAAUUAAAGAUGGUAUGUCUGACCUCCUCACCGGGCAUAGCAUCUCCUGAGAUCACCAGUUGUUGCUCGUCCAACAUAUCAGGGAUAAGCUAUAUGAAAGUCGGCUUUGUUUACCGUCUAACAAAAAAAAGAAAAGUGACUUUCUUCUAUUACAAACAGUUACGUAACAAAGUGAAUUACAGGUUUGUUAAUCUGUUGAACUUUGAAUCUCUGCCGAACUAUGAUUGUGGACAACAAUUUUCGCCCUAUAAUUACCUUCGGCAAACUCGAAGUUUGUUAAGACAUUACGAAAUUGUGUUUAACCACCCAGCAAUGCCAAUAUGAUUCUGUGAAUAGGGAUUUCCAAAAUAAUUAUAAUUUAUAUUAUCAGAUUAUUUUGUAAUGUUAUGCACAAUCUUCAAACGAAAACAGUGAAUUUCUUAGGUUCAAGAUUUGUAUAAUUGUUAGAUAUAAAAUGGGUUGUGUCAAAUCAGACAACUGUAAAAUGCUACUGUUGAUUUUUGUUUCAUAAAGUGCCAGGACAUGUUGUAAAUGUUCUUCAAAUAAUCUUGAAGAAAAAGAAUUGUGAAUAAAAUUGUAAAUCAAUAAAAGUGAAGAUGAAUUCAUAUCGAAACGUA